AUGACAAUCGGCGCACACAAGAUAAAACGGAACUGCGGGGACGGUCGCCGUUUUGACCGCGAAUAUCAAUCGGCGGCUGUUGGUCAGCAAGUAGUUGAGCCGAUGACCGAUGGAUAUAACCGCGAAUUUGUCAUGGGUAACAACCUUGACAAAUACAGAAUUUCAUUUAAAUCAUACACUUCGGAAUAUCAGAACCAGCCCUCGGGUUCAACUUCAAUUGGAGCCAUUGCUUCAUCUACAGUUGGACUGUCAGAGAAUGAACCACAGCCAGGCAAUGAUAAAGGGAUUCUAUCCCUCAAAGGAUGA